AUGCGAGUCAAUGAUGAGCAAGUUACAUUCAAUGUACUCAAAGCUAUGAAGUAUCCUGAUCAAGUGGAAGAAUGCGCUAGCAUGGAUACUAUUGAUGCAGUUCUGCUACAGCAACUCAAGCAGCAAACAGAGAUAGAACCACUGAACGUUGCUAUAGCAGAGGAAUGUGCAAACGAUGAAGAUAAAAUGAAGGAGUGCCUUGCAUGGGUGGAUUCCCAACCAAUAAGGCCAUACAAAGAAAGACACUUUGAAUCUCUUGGAGAAAGAGUGAUAAAGAUACUCAAGCCAUCCAUAGAAGAACCUCCAAUCCUUAAGCUCAAACCCCUGCCCCAACAUCUUAAAUAUGCAUACUUAGGAGAUGAAAAUACUUUACAUGUUAUUAUUUCAUCUUUUCGCUCUAAUGCAGAAAUGAAGCAGUUGCUAAAAGUACUAAAGGAGAACAAAAGAGCCCUCGGAUGGAGCAUAGCAGACAUAAAAGGAAUCAGCCCUACAUUCUGCACUCACAAAAUAUUGUUGCAGGAAGGCUACAGCAGCACUGUGCAGCCUCAAAGAAGGCUGAAUCCUACGAUGAAAGAAGUUGUCAAGAAAGAAGGAGGAGUCACAGUUGUGAAGAAUGAGAAAAAUGAGCUUAUACCAACUAGAACUGUGACCGGAUGGAGAAUAUGUCAGGAUUAUAGGAAGCUUAAUGAUGCUACAAGAAAGGACCACUUCCCCUUGCCAUUCAUUGACCAAAUGUUGGACAGACUAGCAGGGAAGGAGUUCUAUUGCUUCUUAUAUGGAUAUUCGGGCUACAACCAGAUUGCUGUAGCACCAGAAGAUCAAGACAAGACCACAUUUACUUGCCCGUAUAGAACCUUUGCCUUUAGAAGGAUGCCAUUUGGAUUAUGUAAUGCACCAGCAACCUUCCAAAGGUGUAUGAUGGCAAUAUUCACAGAUAUGGUGGAGAAUUUUGUGGAAAUAUUCAUGGAUGAUUUCUCGGUCUUUGGAGAAUCAUUUGAGUCUUGUCUUAAGAAUUUAUCAGAGAACACCUCAUUCAUAAUUGAUGAUCAAUGCAAGGCAGCAUUUGAAGAAUUGAAGCAGAAGCUUGUUACAGCACCCAUAAUUGUUGCACCCGAUUGGACUUCACCAUUUGAAAUCAUGUGUGAUGCUAGUGAAUGUGCCAUUGGAGCAGUGCUUGGUCAAAGAAAGAAUAAGAUGUUCCAUUCUAUAUAUUAUGCUAGCAAAACACUUACAGGGGCACAAUUUAAUUAUACAGUCACUGAAAAAGAACUUUUAUCUGUUGUUUUUGCAUUUGAAAAAUUUAGAUCUUAUUUGUUUGGUGCUAAAGUGACUGUUUUUACUGACCAUGCAGCCAUCAAAUAUUUGGUAGACAAAAAGGAUUCAAAGCCAAGAUCGAUACGGUGGAUUCUUUUACUUCAAGAGUUUGAUUUGGAGAUUAAAGAUAAAAAAGGCACAGAGAACCAAGUUGCAGACCACUAUCAAGGCUGCAUGAUGGAAGAUGAACAGCUGUUUGCUAUUGACUAUGCUAUAGCACCAUGGUACACUGAUAUAGCAAACUUUCUGGUGAGUGGAAUAAUGCCAAAUCAUAAGAACUCACAGCAAAGAAAGAGGUUCAUCCAUGACUGUAAGUACUAUCUCUGGGAUGAACCAUACUUAUUUAAAAGAUGCCCAGAUCAAAUUUUAAGAAGAUGUGUGCCAGAAGAGGAGAUGCAAUCUAUACUUGAACAUUGUCACUCAUCUCCCUAUGGUGGCCACUAUGCUGGAGUCAGAACAGCAACAAAAGUGCUGCAAUCAG